UUGAUUAAAGUAACAAAAGUACUGGAAGUAACACUCCAAAUUUACACAAUUGUCAUCAUUGUAAUUGGAGAAUCUGUACAAAAAGUGUUUGAUAUUAUAAGAUUGUUUGCUUUUUGCUGUAUCCAAUUGAAAUAUUUAAACAAAGUGCCUAUUUUUGCUGCAGGUAUUCAAAAAUACUUAACUAUGUAUUACGGAUUAUUAUUAUUAUAUUGUGCAUUUUGCAUUUUAAAAAUGAUAACUGGAGAUCAAUCAUUUUUAUAUUUGAAUGAGAUUCGCAGUUUAAGCGAAUUGCCAAUGGAUAAACUGAUUCACAUAAGAUCUUCCCUCGCAAGCAGUAAUGAUAUUACUGACGAAAAUGAAAAUAAAGAUAUCGACAUGUCCAGUAGAACAUUACCAUUGACACAGCCAAUGGCUUUGUCAAUGGCAUUGAAGAAAAAUAACAGGAAGCCUAUAAGACGACACGAAGAACACGAUGAUGAAAAAGGCAUGGAUACGAAAAUUUCCAAAAUUUUUCAGCUGGCAGUAACUGCGCUCUCUUUUCUCGCAUUCGGUGGUUAUCUCCUUACUCUCAUAAUUACAUCGAUUCGUCGCAAUAAUGGAAACGGAAACGGAAAUGUCCUCGUAUUUUCGAAUCUACAAAAUCUACAGAAACUGAACCGUCCCAAACGAAAUAUUUUAAUACUCGAUCCGAUGGAGAAUAACUUCGAAACAGACAAACUUUAUGAAGGAAUGAUUAUGCUUUCAAGAAGUUACGCCUUAUACAAUUAAUCACAA